AUGUCCCAUACUAUACUGUUCUUACAUCCGAAGCCGUGUCCGAUAACUCGCACUUACUGUGAGUACGAGAGCGUUAAGGAAUGCCUGGAAUCCAUUUGCCAGAUCUACGAAGAACAUUUGAAGCGUCAAAGCGCCGAUAUGCCAACUAUAACUUAUGGUAUUACGCAGCUGUUUGAUUUCAUUGAUUCAUUUGUGGAUAUAAGCUGUGUGGUUUUCCAGAGGAGCACCAAUAGCUAUGCACCCUACAACAAGGAAUGGAUCAAGGAUCAGAUCUAUGAACUGUUUCGAGAAACUGCAAUGAAUACAGCAAAUAUUAUAACUAAACAAAUUUCUUAAUUCUGUUUACUUUUAUAAUAUUUAAUUUAAAGCAAUUAAAGAGUUUUAGAAUUUAUGAUUCUUUU